UUUAUAUAUAUUUAUUAUUCGUAUAGAAUAAGAUAAAUUUGUGGAUUGUAUUAUCGUGAAAGUAUUAUAUCAGAGAAUAAAUUUCUGAAUGUUAUUUUGAAUUUGAUCUUUAAAAAGUAAAACUGUAUAUACAUAGCUAUAGUAUAGCCAUCUGCAUGGUUGUUCCAAUGUGUUACAAAGCGACUAACAUAACCUUAAUUUAGCACUAUAUUAUUGCUUCGAAAAAAAUUUCCUUAAUAACUUUUUUAUAAGAUGGUUGUGUGUAAUCGUGAAUGUAUAGAUAAAAUUAUAAAAUAUUUAGAUGUUUCUCCAGACAAGUUAUGCUCCUGUGAAGAUAAUGUAGCAAGUAUUGGUCAUCUACAUGCAGACGAAUCCGUUAUGUAUUUUACUACUUUUAUACAAGCUUUGGUGAAAAACUCGAGAUAUCCUAACAUACUUGGUGAUGAUAAAGAGACACAGGCUUUGACGCGUCAGUGGUUAGAAUAUAUAAUAAAUUGUGUUAAUUAUGCAGAUACUCCUGCUCAUGCAAAAAGAGUUUUAAAGGAAUUAAAUGCAGCAUUGAGUGAUCAUACUUAUUUAAGUGGUACAAAGCAAACCAUUGCAGAUAUUGUACUUUAUUAUACCUUAUAUAAAAUAAUGAGUGAAUUAAGUCACCAAGAGAAGGCACAAUAUGUCCAUGUAUCUAGAUGGUUUGACAAUGUACAACAAGAUAAAAAAGUGAGGCAGACAUUGGAUUCAAUCUCAUUCAAUUUGAUGCAUCUAUUCUUAUGAAGCAAAUAAGUUAUUUGAUCAUUUUGUAUACUAUUAUUAUAUACAGUCGAUAUUCAUGAAAAAAUAUAUACUACAACCGAGGAAAUAGUUA